AUGGACGACACCGAGCGACGAUCCGCCAAGCGGUCGCGAUUCGACCAAACCGAGCCCGAGCCUCGCAAGGCUUCGAGAUUCGACCGCCGCUCCAGAUCGCCGCCAGGAAGACGCUCGGAGUCGGCAAGAGAGCGUAGCCCUCUGCCCAAUGACCAGGCAACAGAACCGAAGAAGUCGCCAGUAGAUGCCGCUGCUGCGGCUGCUGCCGCGGCCGCGCGAAUCAACGCGCAACUCCAGGCGAAGAAGGGCAUUCAGCAUGUCGACGUUCCUCCGAUCAAGACCGCCACUUCUCCUACAGGUGGUGCCCAAUCGCCCGACCCGGCCAAUACGAUCAAUGGAGAGAUGUACAUCGCCGACGGUGACUUCAUCAAAGACAUUGAAGUCAACGACCUUCGUAACCGAUACCUCCUGACCAAGGGGUCGACUCAGAAGAUGGAACAAAGGUUGACUUUGCAAGAUGUUACUACCCGAGGAAACUACUAUCCCGACAAGAGCAUGGCGACUGCGGCGAAUCCGCCUUUGUACUUGCAUGUCACCAGUACAUCCAAGACUGGACUUGAGCAGGCCGUGACAAAGAUUGAGGAACUCAUGAAACAGGAACUUCCCGCGCUGGUAGAUGAGCGUCGUUUCCGUCGACGUGACCAGGAGCAGGUUGAGAGAGACGAAUAUGGCCGACGCAAAUGGCCCGAAGAGAAGAUCCCCAUUGGUUUGGAGUCCGUCCCCGGAUUCAACCUCCGCGCUCAAGUUGUUGGCCAUGGCGGUGCCUACGUCAAGCACAUCCAGCAGGAGACUCAGUGUCGCGUCCAGAUCAAAGGACGUGGUUCCGGGUAUCUGGAGGCAGCCACCAAUCGCGAGAGCGAUGAGGACAUGUAUCUUCACGUCGCCGGACCUGACCCUAAGAUGGUCGAGAAGGCCAAGGAGCUUUGCGAGGAUCUGAUUGCAAAUGUCAAGGAGCAGUACGAAGAGUUCAAGAGCAGACCUCCUCGUAGUUAUGGUGACCGCGGGGGCUACGGCGACCGCUCGCGGGGGCACGAUGGCGGCCAUGGCGGAUAUGGAGGCCACGGUCACGGUGGUGAUCGCGGCGACCGCGGCGGCUAUAACUCCGGAUACGGAGGCCACGGCGGCCAUGGUGGUCACGGUGGUCACGGCGGCGGCGGCGGCUAUGGCGGUCACAACUCUGGGCAAUCAGCAAGCCCUGCUCCUGCCGGCGGUUCUAACAGCCCUGCCGCCGGAGCCGACUACGCCGCACAGUACGCACAGUACUAUGGCAGUCAGGAUCCUUACGCUGCCUAUGGCGGAUACGCCGCCUACGUUCAAAUGUACCAGCAGUACUAUGCUGCUGCGCAAGCACAGCAGCAAGGCUCGCCCGCGCCCCCGGGAGCAGCGGCAUCCCCUCCGCCCCCGCCUCCCAGCGAGGCUGCUCCUCCUCCACCUCCUCCGAGCUCUGCCCCCCCUCCCCCUCCCUCAGGCGCGCCUCCGGGCACCGGAGGAGGUUACGGUGCUGUACCUCCCCCUCCCGGCCUCUAG